CUAGAUGUGUUGUUGCAUUUUCGAAAAUAUCACUUGCUGCCACACUGGCUGUGCGUCAUUUUCAGAAACGCCGCGAAUAUUUUGCCAUUGAAAUCUAGCUAAGCAUUGGAAUUUCGCAACGUGCAGCAGCAAAGCAAACUACAAACAUGUCGGGCACAUCGCAGAAACACAGGAACUUCGUUGCGGAGCCAAUGGGCAACAAGUCGGUGACGGAACUGGCCGGAAUUGGGGAAACCCUCGGUGGACGCUUGAAGGACGCUGGAUUCGAUAUGGCCUACACCGUUUUGGGACAGUAUCUGGUGCUGAAAAAGGACGAGGAGCUGUUCAAGGACUGGAUGAAGGAGGUGUGCCACGCCAGCUCCAAACAGGCAUCCGAUUGCUACAACUGUCUCAACGAUUGGUGCGAGGAGUUCUUGUAAGAGGUGGACACACAAGCCAUCCGAGUAAUUCGAUCAAAAGGAAUCUGCUAAAGGCAUCGGCCAAUCAUUUUUAUUCGCAGUCAACGAAAGUGGCCCAAUGCUAGCUAAGCAUUUGCCGUGUUCACUGUUAGUAUGUAUAGCUGUAGGGUGUAAUUUAAUGUCUAAUCCGAAUAAAUGUACAGUCAUGGAAACGAUCCUGCAUUUGGAUCUCUGUUCUGCGAAAAGUACAGUAGGUGUAAAACAUUUGUUGCUGGCCGGCGAAGCAGCCUAAUGCAGAUUUUUAUUAAUUUGAUUAGGGGACAACAAUAAGCAACACUAUAGAAGGCAGAUCGGUUGGCGACUAUAUCUUCUCUAUGUUUUCGAUUGUUGGCGAGUAGGAGUCUCUGACUCGCUGAAAUAAGCCUCUGUCUUUUUGAUGUUUCUUUAUCAGCGGGCUGAUGUCGCCUAAUUUUGAAAUCUAUUUCUUUUUGUUUUUCGGAAAUGAUCUUUUAUAAUGAUGGACUUAGAACCUUUUAAAUCCCAAUCGCUGUUUUGUUUGGGGAUUAUGUGUAAGCGGUUAAUAUAUAUUUUAUAAUGAAACCCCUUUUGUCAAAAUUAAUUGUC